UUCUCCUAAGCUUGCAUGCCAAUUUCUCUCAUUUUCUUCACAUUAUAACAAAGCAGGAGAAACACAUUCACUAUGCCGAGCUCUACAAUCACUACUACUUCAAUGGUAUACACAAGAACCCAAUUUGUUGCUGCGAAAGAACUUGAAGAUGAAGAAGAGAAAUUCUUAACGCAAGAGUGUAAGAAUUUGCUUCUUUCCCUUCCAAAACAAAAGGGAUGGCGAACUCCAUAUCUUUAUGAAUUUCAAGGCUUUUGGUGCCAGCCGAAGGAGAUUCAAGCCAUUAUUUCUUUCCAAAAACACUUCAUAUCUCGAGAAUCCGAUGUUAUUUUAGCCACAAUACCGAAAUCAGGUACCACUUGGUUGAAAGGUUUAGUUUUUAGCAUUAUGAAUCGUAAACAUUUCGACGUUAAGAAUUUAAAAAAUCACCCUUUACUCCACUCAAAUCCUCAUGAACUUGUGCCUUUCUUUGAGUACAAACUUUACUCAGAUAACCAAAUCCCCGACCUCUCAAGGCUCCCCGACCCUCGAAUUUUCGCCACCCAUAUACCAUUCAACUCGUUGAUGCAACAAAAUUCGAUAAAAAAGGCCAGCCCGAAGAUCGUUUAUCUAUGCCGAAACCCUCUUGAUACUUUCGUCUCUUCAUGGCAUUUUGUGAACAACUUGAGGCCAAAAUCCCUCCCCCCAUUUCAAAUCGAGGAAGCUUUCAAAAUGUAUUGCGAUGGAAUUAUCGGGUUUGGUCCAUUUUGGGAGCAUAUGUUAGGGUAUUGGAAUGAAAGCUUGAAGAAUCCGAAGGCAGUAUUGUUCUUGAAGUAUGAGGCGAUGAGAGAAGACAUUGUUUCAAACUUGAAGGAGCUGGCGAAAUUUUUGGGGUGCCCUUUUUCUGUGGAGGAGGAGCAAGAAGGGGUGAUUAAAGAGAUAGCGAAAUUGUGUUGCUUUGAUAAAAUGAAGAAUUUGGAGGCGAAUAAAACGGGGAAAUCGAUCAAGAACUUUGAGAAUAAGUACUUGUUUAGAAAAGGUGAAGUUGGAGAUUGGGUGAAUUAUCUUUCUCCGUCAAUGGUGGAGCAGCUUUCUCAAAUCAUGGAGGAGAGGUUGGCUGGCUCUGGUCUCACAUUCAAGCUCUUCCCCUAGGAAGUUUAAGGCAAAAUCCAUUGUUAUCGUAGGAAGAGUCAGGACGAACAGAGGCAAUACAUCAUCUGUAUUAUCAUCAAAUAAAGAAUCCUCGUAUAAAAUAAAUACAAAUGAUGUACUAUCAGGAUUUUAUGUGAAAGUGUGAUGUGUUUGUUUUAUGUCAAA